GCGGUGCGACUUCCCCACUUCUGCCCCCACGAUGUACUUUUUUACAUCCCUGCUUACGUUUGCCUGGCAUAGCCUAAGUUCCGCAUUCCCAAAUCCUCCCAGAUUGGGAUCACGUUUAAAAUCGGGCUGAUGCAACGAUUUCCACUUUUUAAAAUCUACUCUCGACCCUCGGCUGACCAGAAGAAAGGACAUUUGUUGCACCUGGGAUCAAAGUCAGCUGUGGUCACGACCGAGUCUGACACGAUGCCAGGACAAAUCCCAGAUCCCUCUGUGACAGCAGGCUCCCUGCCCAGCCUGGGCCCACUGGCUGGGAUCUCAGCCACCACGCUGACUGACAAGCUCAAGUUUGGUGACUUCCAGGAGUUCGGUACAAUGCUGUCACCUCUGCACUUCCUGGACAGUCUGGGGAAGAGGCCCCUAGUGAUCAAAACAGAGAGAGAUGAAGAGGAAGAGAGGAGGAAACGAAGGCGAGAGAAAAACAAAGUGGCUGCAGCUCGAUGUCGAAACAAAAAGAAAGAGAGGACAGAUUAUCUACAAAAGGAAUCAGAGAGACUAGAGAUGUUAAACUCUGACCUUAAAGCCCAGAUUGAGGAGCUGAAGCUCGAACGACAGCAACUGAUCCUCAUGCUUAACCGCCAUCGCCCCACGUGUAUUGUCAGGACAGAUAGUGUCAAAACCCCGGAGAGCGAGGUGAACCCCCUGCUGCAGCAGCUGGAUGUCAAGUGAAAGUGCGACGGCUUUCUACAGUUUCUACAGUUGAGAAGAAGCAGCCAACUAGCAGCACUUAGCUUUGGGUCCCGGCCAUGGAGGAGAACCAGCCAAGUCCUCCUACCUUAAGUCACGGAGCGUCACUCCACAAAAUGUGGAUCCAAUAAGAUUGGACACUGUUUUGGCAGUUAAAUCAAGCUUCUUUCUCUCUCUUGCUUUCCCAUGUAUUUGUCAUUUUGGUCACCAAAGCUCCAGCCACUAUCAGUAUGAAGUUAAACAAAGCUAUUGGCAAAUUACCUUACAUCUGUUUUUAGCGAUGCCAUUAGCGGACAUAGCAUCGUUUCAUCAUAUUCCCAGCAACUAGAAUAGAGUUUGGUUGCAUCCCACUAUCGAAAACGUCAGCUCAGUAAUUUCAGUAAUUCAUUUGGUGAUUUACAAAUGAAUGAUUUUUAUUUGUUGAUCGACAAUUUAAAAAAAUAAUCUAAACUAAAACUGAGCUAUAUUUGAUUAAACAGCUGUAUAGAUGUGAAUAUAUCGCCAAGUUACAUAUAACUGUUAUUUCAGCAGCAUUUCAAUUACUGUUUCCAUGUGAGGCAGAAGUGAUAACCUCAAAGAUUAAUGGCUCUAUGUGUAGUCAGGCUACAAAUAGAUAUCUUACUUUAAUGAGGGGUUGCAUUACCUCUCGGUCCAUAUGCCUAAAAUGACUUGGACUGUCUUGCCUUUGUUAAAAUGCACUCUGGGAAUCAGGAAUUUUAACUGAACUACAACUAGAAGAAGGCAGUUGGGGGCAAUGGGUAGACUUAAUAGAUACAUUUAGGAAAAUAACUACUGGAAUGCAUUAACCACAUACUGAUGAUAUGUGGUGUUUUUUUCCCCUUUAAUUUGCUCAUUCAGUGAAAAUAAUAGUAAAUUCCUUAUUUUUCUGAAGCAAUACUUACACCCACACACACUGUCAGAAGCAUUUUUACUGCAUAACAACCUUCUGGUCAUUUUUGUUCUUUCAUACAGUGGCAGAGCGGUGGAUCCUUUUUUCCCCCUUAGUUCUUAUGUUUUGGCGCAGGCGUCAUGUAUGCACAUAUAUAUAUAUAUAUAUAUAUAUAUAUAUAUAUAUAUAUAUAUAUAUAUAUAUAUAUAUAUAUAUAUAUGUAUGGACUGUUUACAUUGUCCUUUAUUUUAUCCAGUGUUACUACCAAUUAUGUUUAAUGUUUUUAUACUUUUGUAUAUGAUGUUAUAUAAGCAUAUAAGCUAUCACAAAAUCCCAUUUUGUAUUUCCAUAAGAAAUAAAUGUUUAGUUUGUUUUUUUACUGGAAUUUUUUUGAGUCCUACAAAAUUGCAAACAUAUCAGUCAUGUAGGCUAUUAUGUUUUUGGUAAGAUUUCUGAUAAAUGGCGCCAUCUGGUGGUCAGUAGCAGCACAACCUGACAACUGUGUCACUGUGCACCUCAUUUUACAUUGAUUUCCACACAUUUGUUAUAUUUUUAUACCUUUAAACUGUUCCAUGGAUCACAAGUGAUCCUGCAGAGGGAAAGCUUUGUUUCAGCAGUGGGUAAUUCCUCACAAAUUAAUUAAUAAAAACAGUGGAAAAGCUGCUAAAAUGGA